AUGAAUGCGGCACAAUUUGCUUUUGUAACCUCCGUGUUUACCUUGGGAGGUCUUCUUGGGUCAUUGUUUGCUUCACGCGUCGCGGAUAGUAGAGGGAGACGAGUAACAUUGAUUUUGAACGGUGUGUUUUUGGGUCUUGGACCAUUGGUUAUGGGAUUUGCUCCAAAUAUAACUGCUUUGGUCGUUGGAAGGGUUCUUGCCGGUAUUGGUUCUGGAGUGGUAACGGUGGUUGUUCCCACAUAUCUUGCCGAAAUAUCUACCGUAGAGCUUCGUGGAACCUUUGGUGUAAUGAAUCAAUUGGGUAUUGUUUGCGGCAUAUUGUUUUCCCAGGUCGAAGGUCUUUAUCUUUCCACACUUUCGGGUUGGCGUCUAAUUCUUUUUGGUGGGUUUAUAUUGGCACUUGUUCAAACAAUUUUCCUUUCGUUUUCUGUCGAAUCACCUCGUUUCCUUGCAUCUAAACCCGGUGGGUACAAUGCGGCUAAGCGAGCCCUAGAAAAAUUAAGGGGAAGCAAUGAAGUAGAAGAAGAACUUAAUGGAUGGCGACAAGUGGCAUCAGAGGAAGGAUUAGAAGGUCUCAUAACAGACGAAGAACGUGAACACCAGAGUAAUGAAGAAGAAAUGGUUAUAGAAUCACCCGCGGUCGUCUUUCAUGCGCGUAAUUCAGAUGAAAACUUUAAUGUGUGGAAACUUGUAAAAAAUUUACAAUAUUUACCAGCAUUGAAAGUUUUAGUACUCCUGCACCUAACGCAGCAAUUAUCUGGAGUAAAUGGAGUAAUGUUUUAUUCAACAUCUAUUUUAGCAAAGAUACUUCCAGGCAUGAGCGAAUUAGUAACGGUUUUUAUAAGUAUAGUGAAUGUAAUCAUGACGGUUGUUUCGGCUUAUUUAAUUGACAA